AUGCAGCUUGAUCAGGCCGAGCAACUCUGUCGAGAAGCCCUUGACAUGAUCAUCAAUGCUGGCGUGCAUGAACAAAAACAUCAACAAGAGCUAGUGACGACGAGGCAAUUGAUGGCCGUCAUUCAUAGAGUAAAGGAUGAGAAUGAAGCUGCCUUGCUUGGAGCAGCUCCUCCUUGUGCACUUGUAGAUGGGAAGAUCGGAGACACAUACCUAGCACUGGGAAGGUCAGACCAAGCGGUGUCCGCAUACGAGAGAGCUCUCCAUGUCCUCAAAGAAGUCUACGGGGAAGGACACACAGAGGUGGCUUCCAUCGCCGUGAGCCUGGCGGAUGCUUACCUCAGAAGAGGCUCUCUCAAGGAGGCCAAAAUUCACUGCGAGAUCAUCUACUACACUAACAUCUUCAAGUUCAGGCGGCAACAAGAGUGGGAGCGCGAGAUGGUUGUGGUCGGAUUGAGCAGGGUGGCCUGUCUGUUAGAGGCCAUGGGAGAGGCUGCCCAUGCGAUGUCCGUGCUUCAGAAGGGUCAUGAACUGUUGCUGUUGGGAGAGGGAGGGGUAUGGUUAUAG